UCUGCUGAAGUUGACGCUGGUCUGGCAGAUUUUUAAAUUGAGAAAUUCAUGGCAUGCAUUUGGUACGAAGACUCUUAAAAUCGUUCAAUAUAAGUUUUAGCGUAGAUUUUGGUAGAUAAUGGGGAUAUUACUACUCAGGUCAAAAUGUGGACCAAACAAUUUUUUGUCGUUCUUUACAUCCUGUGUGAAGCCAGAGCAGACGACGUUUGUCCUGGUUUGCCUUUGUGUUUCUGCAACAAAGACAAAACGUCCGUCAACUGCGAGGGCAAACAGCUCACGGCCAUCCCAGACACGAUCCCACAGACUGCUGUUAAACUGUAUCUGGAUAACAACAAGAUUACAACGGUAAAAUCCUACCAGUUGGCUUACCUGCCUAAACUAGUACUGCUGAGGUUAGACCGCAACUUUAUAUCCACCAUUGAACCAUUUGCUUUUGGGAAUCUCACGUAUUUAAAGGAUCUGGAUCUGAGAGAAAAUAAAAUCACACAGUUGAAGAAGAAUGCAUUGUCCGGAAUGCCGGCUUUAGAGAAACUCUACCUAAUGACAUGCAAAAUCCAAGAGAUUGAAACUGACGCAAUGGAUGGUUGUGAAUCAUUAACAGACCUCUACUUACAAUCCAAUCAUUUGACAGUUAUCCCUGCAUUUGGUAAACUAAAGCACCUUCGAUCGCUCAUCAUGGAAGGGAAUUUAGUUGUUAACGCAACAUUCCCGGACGUUUUUCAAGAGUCCAAGUCAUUUCGACGAAUCGUUCUCAGUAACAACAAUAUCCAAAAACUCGACAACGACACAUUUCUAGCACUGGAGAAUAGGACAAUGUCAAGUAUCUUGCUAUCCAGGAACAAAAUUACGAAAGCGGAUUCCGGAGUUUUUCAACCGAUUAACCGCAUACAGUCGCUGAAACUUGGCACAAAUCCAAUAGAUGAUAUAGAUCUUCAGGAAAUCAUAAAAAGUAUACGGGGAAAACCCGUCACCGCACUUGAUUUAUCCAAUUUAAAGCUUGGAGGUAUUUUGCUUAACAAAACAUUUUCGUUACUGAAGAACACUUCCAUACAGGCCUUAAAUCUGAAACACAAUAGCAUAAAAACACUUGUGGAUAACGUGUUUGAUGGGCUCAAUAAGCUGGUAGACCUUGAUUUGACCAGUUGCAAAAUUCAGGUAACCUACGCUGAUUCGUUCAAUGGGCUGGAAAAUUUGAAUAACCUAGUGUUGAAUAACAACCUUCUGACGGAUAUUCCGAUGAAUCUUCCAGCCGGACUCUUAAAUCUGUACAUAGACAAUAAUCAGAUUAUUUCGAUUCCAAACAAGAUAUUUUCAAAUCAAUUCAAUAUGCGUAAACUGUACUUGAGUCACAACAAAAUCCUAACUUUGAUGCAAGAUUCGUUUGUUGGACUUGGUGCGUUGGAGCAGCUAAAUCUUUAUGACAAUAUUAUUGCAACGAUUCCCGGACACACAUUCGAUCCUCUUAUUGCGUUAACAGAUCUGAAUUUCGCCAAGAACAACCUUGCCAACAUUCAAAAGUCUACCGGACGAUUCAAGAAUCAAGGAGCGUUGAAAUAUUUAAACCUCGCUGAUAACAAUUGUUUCUAUUUGCAACCGGACUUCUUUAAGUACACUGUAUCAUUGAUAGAACUCCACUUGGAAAGAAAUAAUCUUGGUGAAAUCAUAGCUCAAGAUAACGCCGGAACCAUGUUUAUCGAGUUAAAAAAAUUACAAAAGCUAUAUUUAAAUGACAAUGUAAUCCACAACUUUCCAGCACUGACAUUUCAGAGUUUGGCAUCCUUGAAAACAUUGAACAUCAGUAGAAACAAACUGAAAGGCUGGGACGGUGACUUGUUUUCUAUAACAAACAACUUACAUACGUUAGACGCUUCGAAUAACCUUAUAUGGACUAUCGAUUCUGAUAAUCUGACGUUUUUACAAUUUCUGAGGUAUUUAAAUCUAUCGGGAAACCCCUUCAUGUGUGACUGUGAAUUAAGAUGGUUCAGGGACUGGAUAGACAACACGCCCGUCUUGUUAACAUCCAAUGCCACAUAUACUUGCCAUGGACCUGAUCAAUGGAGUGGCGUAGAAUUGCUAUCAUUCAGUAGGAAGGAGAUCAACUGUUGGCUUUUUACUUGGAGGAUGCUUUUGACAUGCUUUCUCGUCGCGAUGGUCCAUUCUAGUAUAAUGUACAAAAAGAGAUGGCCCUUAAAGUUGUUUAUUUACAAAAUGACUCGCAAAUGGAGGCAAUGGAAAAACGGAGAAACUGAUAGAGCGAUUGCAGACGAAGAUGGAAAAGAAUUUGAUGCUUAUAUUUCCUAUGCUGACGAAGACACCGAUUGGGUGAGAGGCAAUUUACUGCCUGGUGUAGACAAAGGUGAAAUUGAUGGACAGCAAUUUGGUGGAGGCUUUGCGCUGUACUUCUCAGAACGAGACAGUGUACCCGGACGAUCGACAGUUGGGCAAAUAUUUGAGGCAAUAACUGCAAGCAGGAAAGUGAUUGUAGUUCUUAGCAAGAAUUACCUGCCCAAUGCUAUGCAUUUGUGGGAACUCGACCAAGUGCAUUCUUCCAUGCUCGAACGGGAAAUAGAAAAUUUUAUUGUAAUUCAUAUUGAUAAGGGUCUCCCGAAUGCAAAAAUACCAAUAGAGAUUACGGCGAAAAUGCGGAGAAAUGACAUUCUAGAGUGGACGGAGAAAGAAGACGCACAAGCGUUGGUGAAGGCUCGUCUCAAUGAGAUGCUUGCUCAGAGAGAUCUCGCCGCGGAGCGUGAUACAGAGUGAGCAGGACAUGGAGUUAUAAUAAGACAAAAUUAUAUUUCUUUUGACCAAGAAUAUUCGGACAGCUGUCAUCUUUAUAUUAGAAAAUAUAGGAGUAAUUGCUCGAUAUAAUAUGUCGCUUAACAGACUGUCCAUUCUUAGAAAACCAAUAAAUCAAUUCUAAAAAACAAGAAGUCGUUGGCCGAGGUUGACAUAGAAUUGUUUGUUUGUAUAUCCUUUCAUAAGCGAAAACAUUAAUCCCAUGAUGUUUUGUCUAAGAUUUGAUUUGAUUUGAAUUCUUAACCCUAUGAAUUAUAUAGAAUAUUUGUUACGAGUCGUUAUAUAAUAUAUAGUCGUAUAUAAUACACACAAUUAUUCAACAAGUUCUAAAAAUGUAUUAGUAAGCGAGCCUUUGGCGAGAUUAACAACAUAGUUGUUAACGAAUUGUAUAACUGUGUGAAUUACAUGAUGACGAGUUCUUUUUUCCCUUUGAAAAUAUAAAAAAAAUCUACCUGUUCACCCGCGCAGAUGAUGAGUUGAAUACCACAAACUGGCAAAGCAAUGCCAUUUCCCGCGCUAUGUGCAUUGCAGAAACGUAGAAGCCGGAAGAAUUUAAAACAAAAUAUAAAAAACCGAUCGUAUUCAACUCCGUUGAUAUAUAGAGUGAAUACUGGCAUGAUAUCUAGUAAGAAAUAUCAAGUUUUCCUCCUAAUCUUUAGAUGGAAAAUGAACUACAUUAUUCACAUAAAUCUUUAUAAAAAAGAAUAAGAAAUUAAUGUAUGACUUGCUAAAUAAUUACCAAUUAAACAAUUAUUGUUUCCAGUUAAUUUAUUUACAAAUAUGCGGGUUGAUAUUGUUAUAUUACACUUGUAAUACAGAAAAUACUUGAAGAUUAUAUUAAACCAGAAGCAGGGUAUAGCUUAUUAUGUGUAUAAAUAUUGUCUGUAUAAAUAGCAUAUGAAAGUUUAAAGGGUUAAGAGAAAAAGGUUCUGUUCUUAUUAAUUUUGUUUGUGUUUAUCUACAUGCUGUUGUGUUUUCAUUGUUCACUGCACAAUGCAUUUAAAAUAAAGUCUAGAUUCUAUAUAUUUUAAUUCAGUUUUGUUAUGGACUACUUAUCAUGUUUGCAUUGAUUGUUGAAAAUGUUAUGAUCAUGUCGUUAAUUUAAUAAAUGUUUCGUUC